CAACUCAUAUAUUCACAACGACGUCGUAACGCAGCCCGGGACAACGUCGAACCGCGGCAUUGCAUCGCUCCCACCACUGAAGCAAAUAAACGGAAAACUGAACCGGAGAAGAUGAUUGUCUGCGUCGCCGUAGUCGGCCACCAGAACAACCCACUCUACAUUCAAAGCUUCACCGACGCCGAUGAUGCCCUCAAGCUCCACCACAUCGUGCACUGCUCCCUCGACGUCGUCGACGAGCGAGUGAACAAUCCUAAAAAGGCUGGACCGACCUUGAAUGAGACAUUCUUGGGUCUGCUUUAUCCAACUGAAAAUUACAAAGUGUAUGGCUAUUUGACCAAUACAAAGGUGAAGUUUAUCUUGGUAACUACUGAUCUUGAUGUCAAGGAUGCAGAUGUUAGAAAUUUUUUCAGGAGAUUUCAUGCUGCUUAUGUGGAUGCAAUUUCAAACCCAUUUCAUGAGCCAGGUAAAAAGAUAACCUCAAAAACUUUUGCAGAAAGGGUGAGCACCAUCGUUAAGUCGUUUGGCUUAAGUUCAACUGGGUGAAUGAUCUCGACUGGAGUGUAACUGAACUUCUGAGUCUUUCUUAAUCGAACUGGUGGAAUUCAUUGCCUUUUCUCACCUACGAAGUGGAAUUACAUAAGCUCAUAUGUUUUGUAUCCCAAAAGACAUUAGAAUUAGAGAUUGCAUCCCUUCGUUCCUACUGGAGAUGGAACCAAUAUCGUGAUUCUUCCUUUCCAAUCAGAACAUUGUAAAGUUUGUAACAUUUGGCUCCGCUGGGUCAGUGAAUGCCAGAGAUGUAAGGAUUUGAUAUGAUUCUGAUCAUUCAGAGGGAGUCAUAUCUGUAACAUUUUUUUGUGCAACUUAAAACAUGAUUAAUUUUGAUAAUGCGAGUUUGUAAAUCGCAAUGA